GGGUAAAGGGUUCGAGGGAAAGAAAGUGGGAGAGUGGCGUGGAAGCAGACCCUUUAGAAAGGAACAGGGAGAGAAAGAGAGUGUGUGUGGGAGAGAGAGGGGGAGCGAGUCUCACCAAAUCCUCCCAUCUCCUCACGGCUUCCUGCUCGGAUUUGCUGCAUUUUUUCCCCGGCGGAGGCGAGAUGGAGACUCCGGGUGCACGAAGCUGCCCAAAGUGCUGAGAUGCUGCUUUCUCCCGGCGCUUUGCAGGCGAUGUUGUGGGGGACAUGGAGCCCAAGGCUUUACUGACGGUGAUGGUACUCAGUCUGCGCUGCAGCAUCGCCUUCAAACUCCUGAGCGGUCAGACAGUGUGUCGCAGGGGAGUUGAGCGACCAUGUUACAAAAUUGCCUACUAUAAAGAUGCGUCACGCAGGUUGGGGUUCAAAGAGGCGGAACAUGCAUGUCAAAGCGAUGGCGGGGUCCUGCUCAGCAUUGAGUCCGUAAAUGAGCAGCAGCUCGUUGAGAAGCUGAUCCAAGGCUUGUCUGCUGGUGAUGGAGAUUUCUGGAUUGGACUCUCGCGGCGAGUGAAUGGCAGCGAGACUUCAGCAGAUUGUCCAAGCCUGUACCAGUGGCUGGAUGGGAGCGAUGCAACGUUUAGGAACUGGUAUGUGGACGAGCCAUCGUGUGGCAGUGAAGUGUGUGUCGUGAUGUAUCACCAACCCUCUGCAUCUUCCGGCAUGGGAGGCCCGUACUUGUAUCAAUGGAAUGACGAUCGAUGCAACAUGAAAAACAACUUCAUCUGCAAGUAUGCACCAGUUCGAGUUUCUACAAUUCCAAGUCCAACCCUGACUCCUUCCCUGAAUCGGACCCUAGUUCCCUCUGGAGAUAAUGGAUCUGAUGCAGAUGAAUCGGGAUUUCCAGUUACUGAGGGCGAGAAGGAUUCACCUGUAACUAUUGGCAAAUCAGAAGGCAAUUCUCUCAACAUCAUCUACAUUAUCAUCCCAACGAUCCCCCUGCUCCUCUUGUUGCUGGUCUCCAGUGCAGUCUUUUGUUUCCGUUUCUUUGUGAGAAGGAGGAAGGAACGAAGUGAAAAUGUUGUGAAAGAGCACAGCUUCUGGAUGGAGCCCGUCAGAACCCAGUCGCCAAACCUGGAGAUCUACAACAUCAUCAGAAAGCAGUCAGAGGCAGACUUGACUGGAACUCACCCUCACAUUAGCACUACAUCCUUCCGCACCACUCCAGCUAAUCGAUGCUUGCACAGUCUCUCUGGAGAGUAUGAUAACGUCGACAGUCACUGCUCUGAGAGCGGCUUUGUGACUAAUGAUAUUUAUGAGUCUUGCAGUGACCAAGCAUCAAGAAGCAGAGAAUCAGGUUGGGUCGAAAACGGGAUCUAUGGCUACUAGGAGCCUGCAGGGUCCAGUUGUGAGGACCAGAUUGUCCGGGGACCGUUUCCCCUCAAGGAGGUGACACAUUACUCGCUGGACAAAAUACUCUAUUCCUUUUGCGACAGGACACAGAGGGAAACACCCAAUGAAACAGGGACCAUGAAAGGUGACGUGACAACCAGCAAAGUAAGACUAUCUGUGAGCAAUUGAACACGAGGGCUCCAACCCACCCGCACGUCAACAGCGCCCCAGGGCUGUUCCAGAGAGGCGGUUGAGUGUGAGCGAGGGAGAUGUGGUCUCAUGGUCUUAUUCAUGUCAGCAUGUAAACACUUUCUCCUUUCGUCCCGAGCAUAUCACUGAAUGUGUCCCCGCUCUCUCGGCAGGGAAAGCAUGAUUCAAGUCCACCUCCGCAUAUUGCCUGACACAAUAUCCACACAAAGUGCAUAUUAAAGUCCAUCAAUACAAAUGUUGACCAGAGCUCUCUCUGAACUUUGUCCACCGUGCUAGAACUCUCGUUAAAUACACAGAACCUCUUCUGGAGCACCUCAAGACUGACCUUCAACCUGUGAGAGGAAGUCACAGCAUGUUGUUAAUUCCUCCUGAACUGAAGUAUUUUCCAGAUUUUUGAUCAAACUUGCAAUGCCUGUUCCAGUUAUAAAUCAUAGUCUUUGCCACUGCAAA